AUGAAGGCGCUCUCAGCUCUCCUGCUGGCCCUCCUGCUGUGCAGGCAGCCAGGCACAGGGCGGGCACAGGACGAGGAGGAGGACGAUGAGGACAUCGGGCAGGACGGCUACGACGAUGAGGAGGAGGACGAGGAGGAGGAGGCCAGUGUGGCUGCAGGCGGCGGGGACAGAGAGCUGCUGCAGUGCUACUCCUGCCAGUCCCUGCGCAGAGGGGAAGGUUGCGAGCAAAUUCAGAACUGCGUCCGCAGCCACAGCUUCUGCAAAACCCUCAUCUCCCACGGAAACACCGAGUCAGGGCCUCUGACCACCUACUCCGUAUGGUGUACAGACACGUGUCGCCCUUUCACCAAGACACUGGAGGGGACCCUGAUGACCGUGACCUGCUGCCAGUCCGCCCUCUGCAACCUCCCGCCCUGGCAAGACCCCCCAGGCAGCGGGGCCAGCAGCGCCCAGGGCAGCCGCACCAUGGUGGCCAUCGCCCUGCUGCUCGGCCUCCUCUCCGGCCUCCAGGCCAUGGGGUCCUGA